AUGGAAAACUCUAUGAGCUCUCCUCCUGAAAAUACGCAUAAUCAUUCAGAUAAUCCAGAUAUUAAAAAUCCAGAUACUACAAAUAAUCCGGAUAAUCCAAAUACUUCGAAUAAUCCAGAUAAUAAUCCAGAUAAUUCAAAUAAUCUAAAUAAUUCAAAUAAUCCAAAUUAUCCAAAUUAUCCAAAUAAUACAAAGAAUCCUAAUAGGAAAAUUACUCUUGGGAGUAUUAAGACUAUUAUUCAAAAUUUUUUUAUAGAAGAAGAUAUUUCAAAUAUGGACCCUCAAGAUAUUCAAACAGUACUUUCCGGUUUACUCGAUGAAUACAAAAAUUCUACCAAACCUCAAGAAAUGAUACAAGUCAACGUAAAACAUCUUCCUGGGGAAGCAUUUCCUAUUACAGUUCAAUCAACUGAUAAUUUCGAACAAAGAUCCAAUGAACCACCUAAAGACAAGAAGGAUAAUAAUGAUAAGGAAUCAAAAGAAUCAAAAGAAUCAAAGGAAUCAAAGGAAUCAAAGGAAUCAAAAGAUUUGAAAGAACUAAAAGAAAAAUUAAAAGAGAAAGAUAAAGAACUCAAAAAAAGAGAAAGAGAACUCAAAGAGAAAGAGAAAGAGGAAGAAAAAUUAAAAAGAUGCAUUAGAGAAAGUGAAAUCGGAUGGGAUAAUAAAGAAAAAGCAUGGGCUAAUACGGUAAACCAAUUGAGUAAUGAAAAAUCGAAACUUGAAAGUAAACUUGAGCAUACUAUUUAUACUAUUAACGCUUGGAAUGAAAGAUACGAUCAAUUAGAAGAACAACUGAAAAAUAAAAGGAAGGAUUAUAUUGAGCUUUACAAAAAGAAUGAAGAGUUAAGAAAUGAAGCAUCCCAAUAUCAGUCAGCUUUAGGAGAUGCUAGGAAUUAUCGUUUGGGUGAUAAUGACGCCAAUAAUCCUACUCAACUUACAAUAGAGAUCGGGAUUAUACAAGAUAAAAUUAAUGAAUUUUGUAAAAUAAAGGGGGGUGUUGAUAUAAAUGAACAAAAUUUAGCACGACUUUUAUCGGAACAGUUCAAUUGUAAAUAUUCUGAAGGAGAUAAAGUUCUUCCUAAGGCUGCUCUACAAAGAAUUAUUGUUGAAACUAUUAUUACAAGAACUAAUGAAUAUCUGACCAAAGGAUUCCAACCAGAAAUUAAUGAUAACAGAAUCUUGAACAAAUAUCUUGAAUUAGAUAUUAUGAACUCAACAAAAAAUUAUUUGUCAAAGAUAAAUACAUUAAUCAAUUCCCGAACUGGUACAGACGAAGUUAGUUUUGCAGCUCCAAAAAAAAUUCAACAACUUGUUUACGCGGUUCUUGGGGAUCGUGGAUUUGGAUUAAGCAGUGAUAAAAGAGAACAUGAAUUCGUUCAGGGACUCAACGAUGAAAUUAUUAAGUAUAUGAGCCAAUUUCGUACAAUUAAAAAAGCUGAUAAAAGAAAAGAAAAUGAAGAUAUGUUAGCAGAAAUUAUUAGAAAUGUUAUUAAAAUGUUCGUUUUCCGUAUAAAAGUUUUAGAACCGCCAGCUGAACUUAUAUGGAUUGAAAAAGAUACGAAAGUUGAUGCAACAUUAAUGGAAGUAGGAAAUUUAGAAGAUGAUAAUUAUGAUGAUUGGGUCGUAAAUUUAUGUAGCUUUCCAUUAAUAUGUGUAGAACCGAAUUCAGAAACAAAUCGUAAAGUUCUUGUUCCUGCAAAAAUUCUAGCGGUUAAAGCUGAACAAAAAUCAUUAGGGUCUAAAAUAAUAAAAAAUUUAAGUUUAUUUCAUAACAAUAACAAAUCGCAACAACCAGGAGCUGAUGAAGCUGGAAAACCGACCAAAAAGAAUUCUAUGGACAUUAGUAACUGA